AUGCCUGUCUCCUCACGCUAUCCCCCCGUCGACAUUCCAGACCUUGACAUCUGGUCUUUUCUCUUCGAACGCAAAGAUAAGCCUUUUCCAGAUGAUAAGGUAAUCUACCAAGAUGCGGACACACAGCGAUCCUACACAUACCAACAAGUCAAAGAUGCCGCCCUCACCUUCGGCAAGGGCCUCAAGGCCACCUUUGACUGGAAGAAGGGCGAUGUCCUGGCCCUCUUCACCCCGAACAGCAUCGACACCCCAGCCGUGAUGUGGGGUGCUAUCUGGGCCGGCGGUAUCGUGUCGCCAUCCAACCCAGCAUACACAGCCGAGGAGCUGGCCUUCCAGCUCAAGAACUCCGGCGCCAAAGUCCUCAUCACACAGGCGCCCUUCCUUCCGGUAGCCACCGCAGCCGCGAAGGAAGCCGGCAUUCCAGAGGACGGAAUCAUCCUCAUCGGCGACCAACGCGACCCCCAAGCGCGCAUCAAGCACUUCACCUCCAUCCGCAACAUCUCCGGCGCUACUCGCUUCCGCAAACCCAAGGUCAACCCAUCCCGCGACCUCGCCUUCCUGGUCUACUCCUCCGGCACGACCGGUGUCCCCAAGGGCGUGAUGCUCUCACACCGGAACAUCGUCGCCAACAUCCUCCAACUCGCCGAAGGCGAAGCCGGCAACCUCACCUGGAACGGCGGCGUAGACGGCACAGGAGACCGCAUCCUAGCCUUCCUCCCCUUCUUCCACAUCUACGGCCUAACCUGCCUCCUCCACCAAACCAUCCACAAAGGCCUGCACCUCUACGUCAUGACCAAAUUCGACAUCGAGCAAUGGUGCUCACACGUCCAAAACUACCGCAUCACAUUCAGCUACGUGGUACCCCCCGUCGUCCUCCUCCUAGGCAAACACCCCAUCGUCUCGAAAUACGACCUCUCGACCCUCCGCAUGAUGAACUCCGGCGCCGCCCCUCUCACCCAAGAACUCGUCGAAGCCGUCUACGCCCGCAUCAAAUGCGGCAUCAAGCAAGGCUACGGUCUCAGCGAAACCAGCCCUACCACUCACACUCAACCCUGGGAAGAAUGGCGCUCCACCAUCGGCUCCGUCGGUAAACUCCUCCCCAACAUGGAAGCCAAGUACAUGACCAUGCCCGAGGACGCGUCCGAACCUGUUGAAGUCCCCGCCGGCGAGGUCGGCGAGCUGUACAUGCGCGGCCCCAACGUCUUCCAGGGAUACCACAACAACCCCGCCGCCACAGCGGAAUGUCUCUCCGAGGAUGGAUGGUUCCGUACCGGUGACGUCGGGUAUCAGGACCCCCAGGGCAACUUCUAUAUCACGGAUCGCGUCAAGGAACUCAUCAAGUAUAAGGGUUUCCAGGUGGCUCCCGCGGAGUUGGAGGGCAUUUUGGUCGAUAAUGAGGCCGUCGACGAUGUCGCGGUUAUUGGGAUCGAGAGUGAGGCCCAUGGUACUGAGGUGCCGCUGGCGUAUGUGGUGCGGAGUGCGAAGAGCUUGAACUCCGGGGUGAGUGCUGCCCAGGAGGCGGAGAAUAUUGUUAAGUGGUUGGAUGGGAAGGUGGCGUAUCAUAAGAGGCUCAGAGGGGGCGUGAGCUUUGUGAAGGAGAUUCCGAAGAGCGCGAGUGGGAAGAUUUUGAGGAGGCUGUUGAAGAAGAAGGCCAAGGAGGAGGGCGUUGGGGCUGGGGCUGCGGGGCCCAAGGCGAAGUUGUAG